AUGAUGUGUUUGGAACCCUCGACUCAGAAUACUCUGAGUCUGAGAACAGACUCAGAGUAUUCAGGUCGUGUUCAGUAUCACUGUGAUAAGAACGACUGCACUCUGAGAAUCACAGACCUGAGAGAGAGCGACUCAGCUCAGUACAAGUUCAUAACAAACCAACCAGGAGGAAGAUUUACUGGUUCACCUGGAGUCACUUUGACUGUCACAGAUCUCCAGGUGCAGGUGAUCCGAUCAACAUACUACUCGCAUUCUACCUGGACAGAGCUGAAGUGUCACAGCAGAUGUCAUCUACCUGAUCGUUCUUCCUUCAUAUGGUACAAGAAUGGACAGAAAAUUUCGGAUGAAACACCUUCUACUUAUAACGUGUACUUUUACUCAUCAGACAGCUUUUCCUGCGCUGUAAAAGGAUUUGAGCAUCAUCCUGCUCCUUCAGUGUGUUUCUAUGCUCAAUACUGCAACAGAGUGACUUACAUUGACAGAAGCAUCUGUGCUUCCAGAGGCUCAUCAGUGGACAUUUCCUGCACAUACAGCAGUUAUGAAUCUAUCACAUCAACAUUCUGGUUCAGUCAUGAACGUCGUCAUCAGUGGCAGAAUUCCUCAUAG